CCCGGGGGCAGGGGCGGGCGGCCAGGGGGGUGGGGCCCACGGCAGGGCCGCCUCCCCUCUUUCCCGGAGCCUGGGCGGAGAGGGAGGAAAACUUCUUCCUGGCCUGGGCUGCGGGCCGCUCCGUCCGCCAACCCUGCGGUCCCGCCCACCGGCGCCUCCCCCGGCUCCCCAGUGUCCGCCAUGGCCAAAGCCUACGACCACCUCUUCAAGUUGCUGCUCAUCGGGGACUCGGGGGUGGGCAAGACUUGUCUGAUCAUUCGCUUUGCAGAGGACAGCUUCAACAACACCUACAUUUCCACCAUCGGAAUUGACUUCAAGAUCCGAACUGUGGAUGUAGAGGGGAAGAAGAUCAAAUUGCAGGUCUGGGACACAGCUGGCCAAGAGCGAUUCAAGACAAUAACUACUGCCUAUUACCGUGGAGCCAUGGGUAUUAUCCUAGUAUAUGACAUCACAGAUGAGAAAUCCUUCGAGAAUAUUCAGAACUGGAUGAAAAGCAUCAAAGAGAAUGCCUCAGCUGGGGUGGAGCGCCUGCUGCUGGGGAACAAGUGUGACAUGGAGGCCAAGAGGAAGGUGCAGAAGGAGCAGGCUGUUAAGCUGGCUCGGGAGCAUGGGAUCCGGUUCUUCGAGACAAGUGCCAAGUCCAGCACAAAUGUGGAUGAGGCUUUCAGUUCCCUGGCCCGGGACAUCUUGCUCAAGUCAGGAGGCCGGAGAUCGGGAAACAGCCACAAGCCCCCCGGCACUGACCUGAAAGCUUGUGACAAGAAGAACACCAGCAAGUGCUCCCUCGGCUGAGGACCCUAGGCCCGGAGGCUGACCCUGAGGGAGGCAGGGCUGAGGGUGGGCAGGAGAGAAACAGCACGUGGGACUUGGAGGGGCUAGAGGUAGGUAGAUGGUGGAAGAGUAGGGAGCAAAUGGAGAAGAACACAGGAAGGCGAGAGAUGGUAAGGAGGUAGAAUAGAGAGGGAAGGAGAGGCAAGGAGGAGGGAGAGAGAGGCGAGGGAGUGAAAGGAGGGGAGGGCGGCAGGAAAGAACCGGACCUGGGUGUCAGACCUUCCCUGGGCUUCUAGGGCAGACAUAAAUGUAAAUAAACAGUUGAUAUGUUGUUACUGGA